AUGAAUCCCAUGUCACCCAAGGUGGCGACGGCGGCCAGCCAUGCCGCCGCCAGCAGCCGUACUGCCAACAGCAGCGCGGCGGCCGCGGCCGGAAGCGCCUUCUCGGCCCCCUCGCCCGGCCACAGGUCGACAAAGUCUUCAUCUUCCAGCAGGCGGGCGGUUAGGAGCGAUCACGAGCCCAGACGGACGAACAGCAAGUCGCCCUCCUCCAAGCCGCAAACCACCUCCACGCCGCCCUCCCGUAUCGUCUACGGUCCCGGUGCCAUUAACCACCUGCCUAACGAGCUCGGUCGUCUCCGCCUGACAUCGCCGCUCAUGGUCGUCAGCCCCUCACGCAUGGCCACAGCCCGCCAUAUUCAAGCCCUCAUCCCCAACCUCAACACGCACAUCCUCGAUUCCGCCGUCGUCAAUGUUAGAGCCCAGCUGGUCGACGACGCGGUCGAGAGGGUAAAGGAUCGAGACUGUGUCAUCAGUGUCGGCGGCUCCUCUGCCGUUGGGCUCGCCCGCGCCGUCAGCAUCCGAAAAGGCAUUCCUCACAUAUGCAUCCCCACAACCUAUAGCGGCUCCGAAGUUCUCCAUCUUUUCGACUGCGAUGUUCCGAUUUCCACAGGCCAACCUGAUGGCGGUGCUGCCAGCGCUGCCGCAUCCAGACGUCCCAGCAGCAGCCGACAACGCAUCGGCAGUCCCCUUAGUGAUGGCAAAAGUCGCACGAGUGGCAGCAAGAACAGCUCCAAGCACAGUGCUGUAAGCGUCGCCAGCCGAGACGCAAAACAGAGAGUCAAACCUGCCGUCAUAAUAUAUGACGAGGAACUCACUACUUCUGUCCCCAGGCGCAUCCUCAUCCCCGCUAACACCGGAGGUCGUCAACCACCCUCAGCAGAUGACGCUCAAAGCCCUUCCUCCAAAUGGAGUUUCAUGCAGCUGCCGGGGAUUUGA